GCAGACUCAGUUCGCAUUCCCAAUGGGUGUCGGGUUUCUAGAGAAGCCAAUCAGCGUCGCCACGACUCCCGACUAUAAAGUCCGCACGCACCCACCCGGAUUCAGGAGGCUCUACCGACUCAGAGAAUGGCGUCAUGGCACUAGGAACCCUACUUCUCCUGCUCUCGGCCCUUACCAAGACCUGGGCGGGCUCCCACUCCUUGAAGUAUUUCCACACUUCCGUGUCCCGGCCCGGCCGCGGGGAGCCCCGCUUCAUCUCCGUGGGCUACGUGGACGACACCCAGUUCGUGCGGUUCGAUAGCGAUGCCGCGAGUCCGAGGAUGGAGGCGCGGGCGCCGUGGGUGGAGCAGGAGGGGCCGGAGUAUUGGGACCAGGAGACACGGAGCGCCAGGGACACCGCACAGACUUUCCGAGUGAACCUGAAUACCCUGCGCGGCUACUACAACCAGAGCGAGGCCGGGUCUCAUACCCUCCAGUGGAUGCAUGGCUGCGACCUGGGGCCCGACGGGCGCUUCCUCCGCGGGUAUGAACAGUUUGCCUACGACGGCAAGGAUUAUCUCACCCUGAAUGAGGACCUGCGCUCCUGGUCCGCGGUGGACACGGCGGCUCAAAUCUCCGAGCAAAAGUCAAAUGAUGGCUCUGAGGCGGAGCACCAGAGAGCCUACCUGGAAGACACAUGCGUGGAGUGGCUCCAUAGAUACCUGGAGAAUGGGAAGGAGACGCUGCAGCGCCCGGACCCCCCAAAGACACACGUGACCCACUACCCCGUCUCUGAUCAUGAGGCCACCCUGAGGUGCUGGGCCCUGGGCUUCUACCCUGCAGAGAUCACAGUGACCUGGCAGCGGGAUGGGGAGGACCAGACCCAGGACACGGAGCUUGUGGAGACCAGGCCUGCAGGGGAUGGAACCUUCCAGAAGUGGGCAGCUGUGGUGGUGCCUUCUGGAAAGGAGCAGAGAUACACGUGCCAUGUGCAGCAUGAGGGGCUACCCGAGCCCCUCACCCUGAGAUGGGAGCCGCCUUCCCAACACUCCAUCCCCAUCGUGGGCAUCAUUGCUGGCCUGGUUCUCCUUGGAGCUGUGGUCACUGGAGCUGUGGUUGCUGCUGUGAUGUGGAGGAGGAACAGCUCAGGUAGAAAAGGAUGGAGCUACUCUCAGGCUUCAUGUAGCGACAGUGCCCAGGGGUCUGAUGAGUCUCUCACAGCUUAUAAAACCUGAGACAGCUGCCUUGCGUGCGACUGAGAUGCAGGAUUUCUUCACGCCUCCCCUUUGUGUCUUAAGGGACUGUGGCUUCUCUUUUUGCAAGGGCCUCUGAAUCUGUCUGUGUCCCUGUUAGCAUAAUGUGAGGAGGCAGAUAUACACUCCACCUCCGUGUCUACCAUGACCCCCUUCCUCACACUGACCUGUGUGCCUUCCCUGUUCUCCUACUUUUCUAUUAAAAAUAAGAACCUGAGCAGAG